GUGCACAGGAACUACAGCAACGGCACGUUCAGGUACGGCCCGUUACACCAGAUAUCACUGGUGGGAACCGUUCACGAAGAAGUCGGCGGAUACUUCCCGAAGAUGAUAUCACUGCUGGAGGAGUCGCCGUUCCUCAAGCACGUGAUGCCGUGGGGCCACAUGUCGGCCGUGCGUAUGGCCACACCUCAGGAGUCCAAUGAUGGCCCCAUUCUGUGGAUAAGACCGGGCGAGCAGCUGAUCCCGACGGCCGAGUUGGGCUCCAAGACACCCAAAAGUGGUAAUAAGCGGCAACAGAGCGAACUCCGGGGCCUACAGUUGAGGCGUAUUAGCGAACCCCGAGAGAUGAUGUUUGAGGACAGGACCCGGUGUCACGCGGACCACGUGGGACAGGGCUUUGAUAGGCAGACGACGGCAGCUGUGGGUGUGCUAAAGGGGGUGAACUGCGGGGACAGUUGGUCUCACAAUCGGGUGACCAAAGACGUGGUGGCCUUUCACGCGGCAGACUUUGAUCAGUUGACACAGAAGUUGCAGUUAGACCUCCACGAGCCCCCUGUGAGCCAGUGUAUCACGUGGGUAGAGGAUGCUAAGCUCAACCAGCUCAGGCGCGAGGGGGUACGGUAUGCCCGCAUACAGCUGCAUGACAACGACAUCUACUUCUUGCCGCGGAAUAUCAUACACCAGUUCCGCACCGUUUCCGCCGUUUCGUCGAUCGCAUGGCACGUAAGGCUUAAGCAGUACUACAGGAAUGGAGAGUCGAAAAAGGAUUGCAAACGAAGUUAUAAGAUGUAUGACUCGGAUAAGGAUAAGUGUAAGGAUGGGAAGGACGGCAAAGAGGGGAAAGACAGCCAUAAAGACAGCAAAGAGACCAAAGAAAAGGCCGAAAAGAUGGAGAAAGUGAAGCGAAAGAUAUUCGACGAGACGUCGACCCCCACUAAGAAGAAGGUGAAGAUUGUCGUCGAUGUGGCCGCCAAUGAGGCCGCGGAUGCCACGGAAAGGGAUGAUAGAGAGGGAGAGACAGAGGCCGUUGAGGUGACCGUGAAAGUGGAGAACCCGGUGGACACGGAUUCAGACCAAAAGCCGAGCGCUGAGAGUGUUGUGAAUGAAUCGGACGUUCAAAAUGAUGAUAAGCUUGACAUAAAUGUGACUUAAACUCGUGUUUUUUGCAACUCCCGUGUCAUGUAUGCAUUCAUUCAUUGCAUUCAUUUUCAGACAUGACUUUGAUUAACAUUUGAUUUACACGUUUGCGUCGCUG